UUCAUCAUGUGGUAUUCAAAGUAUACGAAAUUGUUUAGGAAUUGUUGGAAAACUUUGGAAUUUUUUUAUAUUUCCUAAACGUAAAGCUGUGCUUUCACUAGCUAUUGAACAAUCGGAAAAUGUGUUAUCAAAAAGAUCAUUAAAAAGAAGUUGUGAAACUCGGUGGAUAGAGAGAUAUCAUUCAAUAAAUGAUUUUUUGGAACUAUUUGAAAGUGUUGUAGAAGCUCUUGAUAUAAUUUCUGAAUGGAAUGAUACAUCUGACACCUCUCAUAAGACGCAAAGUUUAAGAAGUUCGAUUUUACAAUCAGAAUUUAUUAUAGUAUUGCAUGUAACAUCAAAAGUAUUUGGAUUUGGACUACCACUGUCGAAAUAAUUUCAAAAGAUCAAUAUUGAUCUGAAGAUGACCAUGAGUUUGGCUCAAGAUACAUCGGACGAACUAAAUGUAUUUAGGGAAAACGCUGAUAGUGAGUUUCAUGAAAUUUUUAUAAAAUCAAAAAAUAUUGCCAACAAAUUUGAAUCACCUUUAAAGAUACCAAGAAUAUCUAAUGUUCAAAAAAAUAGAAUGAAUAUUAAAACUGACGACCCCGAAAAGUACUAUCGCAUAUCCAUAUUUAUUCCAUAUAUUGACUCAUUUAUUAAUCAGCUCAAAACUAGAUUUAUUGACCAUAAAACUAUUUUAAAUGGCUUUCAAUCACUUUUCGACACAAAAGGAAGUGAAGGUGAUUUUAUAAAUUAAUUGAUACAUACAAAGAAGAAUUCAAUUCACCUACAUCAGUUAUACUUGAAGAGUUCAAGUUAUGGCAAAGAAAAUUAAGUAACAUGAGCGACAAGCCGAAUAAUGCAAUUGAUGCAUUGAAUAUAUGCAAUAAAGACAUGUACCCUAGUAUAUUCAAUUUGCUUCAAAUUUUAGCAACACUCCCUGUAUCGACUGCGUCAAAUGAAAGAACAUUUUCGAAAUUAAAGUUAAUAAAAACGUACUUACGUAAUACUAUUUCUGAAGAUAGACUUAAUGGAUUGGCUAUGAUGUCCAUUUAUAGAAAAGAUUCUCUCUUACCAAAAGACAUUUUAGAUGAACUUUGUAAAAAAAAAAGACGCUUAGAUUUUGUACUUUAAA